AUGGUGUGCAUGAAUGUCCUGGCAGACGCUCUCAAAAGCAUCAACAAAGCAGAAAAACGAGGAAAACGCCAGGUUCUCAUUAGGCCCUGCUCUGAAGUAAUCGUCAGGUUCUUAACUGUGAUGAUGAAGCGUGAUUACAUUGGCGAAUUUGAGAUCAUCAAUGAUCACAGAGCAGGAAAAAUUGUUGUGAACCUCACAGGCAGAUUAAACAAGUGUGGUGUAAUCAGCCCCAGAUUUGAUGUUCAAUUGAAAGAUCUGGAAAAGUGGGAGAAUAAUCUGCUACCAUCCCAUCAGUUUGGGUUCAUUGUGCUUACAACCUCAGCUGGCAUCAUGUACCAUGAGGAAGCAAGAUGA